UCGUCCCUGAAGCCUGUACAUCCUGUCCUUCCCAUAUCUUUUCUUCUACCAACCGAGAAUUCUCUCUUAUAUAUACCUUGUUCUUCAGUUCCUUCUUCCCUGAAACGAACAAAGAUGGAGGCUAAAAGGCGCUGGGAUGACUCCGAUGAGAAUUCGGAUCAGUCGGGGGAUAAAAGAAUCAAGCGCGUCCCUUCUUUCUCAACGGUGAUAAAAGAAGCUGUCACGGCGAACAAAUUGCAGAAAGCAUUUUUUGCCUUGGAGCCGUUCCUUCGCAAAGUGGUGCAAGAGGAAGUGGGAACACUGAUGCACAGAAUCUACUCCUGCCCUCCAAGGUCCAUCCAAAUGCAAAUUGAAGCUACAGAUCAAUCAAGCUUGAAACUUAUCUUCAAGAGGCCGCUGUCACAGCCCAUCUUCACCGGAACCAAGAUAGAAGACAUCGAGAACAAUCCUCUCCAGAUUCUUGUUGUAGACACUAAUAGUGGUGUGGAAGCUGCCUCAGCGUUGCGCCAUCUACUCCCUAUCAAGCUCGAACUAGUUGCACUGGAGGGAGAUUUCCCUUCCGGGGUUCAGGAGGAUUGGACCAGUGACGAGUUCCAAAACAAAAUAGUGAAGGAAAGAACCGGGAAGAGGCCACUGGUCGUCGGAGAUGUCAACGUCACGCUAAGGGAUGGAGCUGUGAUCAUACCCGAGCUAAUCUUCACCGAUAAUUCAAGCUGGGGAAAGAGCGGGAUGUUCCGGAUCGGUGCUCGGGUUGUGCCGGGUAGCUACGAUGGGCCAAGAAUUAGAGAAGCCAUGACCGAGCCUUUCAAGGUGAAAGACCACAGAGGAGAAUCGUACAAGAAGCAUUAUCCUCCAGCUCUGGACGACGCGGUAUGGCGGCUCGAGAAGAUCGGCAAGGGUGGUAAGUUCCACAGCAAGCUUGCGGCCAACAACAUCAAAACGGUCCAGGACUUCUUGAUGCUGUUGUCUGUCGACCCGGAUCGCCUCCGAGAGAUACUGGGACAAGGGAUGACAGAUCGGGCGUGGGAGGUGACCACCAAUCACGCGAAGACCUGCAUCGUGGGCGACAAGCAUUACGUGCACCGAGGCCCCAACUGCAACCUCGUCCUCAACUCAGUUUGCGAAGUUGUGAGCAUUAUCGCCGGAAAUAACACAUACGGCUUACAGGAUCUCAUCAAUCGAGAUGACAGAGCCUGCGUGAAGCAAUUAGCUCGAGAAGCGUACGAACACUGGCAUGACUUGGAAGAGUACGAAGCAUUGUCUAAUGGAGAUGUUCCUUUAAAUCACACAGAUGUGCAGAUGACACAAGGUGUUGUGGAACCAUUGCCUCUGUACGCUGACCAAGAGAAUGGAUCACUGCUGCGUCAGUUUGGUCCUCCGCAGCCCUUCUGAUCGAUCUGCAGUUAAUCAGCACAUAUGUCAUAGUGAUACGAACUGCGCGCCCUGAUUGCUUGCACCGUGAGACUAAGCUCGGCGAGCAACGCGAGGCGUAUAUGAAUUCUUCACCCCGUUAGCAUGCUGUGUAAACACUUGUUGUUUUCGAUGGUUUUCCUUUACUAUAAUAUGGCUCGAGAUGAUUAUACAUGCAUGCCGAGAAGCAUCUG